AUGCCUCCAGUUAGCGAUAAUUGGGAGAGGUUGGUGAGGGCGACGCUGAAGAGAGAACAGCUUAGUAGUGUAGGUCGAGGUCAUGAGAGAACACCUAGUGGUAUUGCUGGAGCUGUGCCUCCUUCGCUUGUCCGUACGACAAAUAUUGACGCGAUUUUGCAGGCUGCUGAUGAGAUUCAAGAGGAAGACCCUAACGUCGCCAGAAUUUUGUGUGAGCAAGCAUAUACCAUGGCACAAAAUUUGGACCCAAACAGUGAUGGUCGUGGUGUUCUCCAGUUUAAGACUGGUUUGAUGUCUGUUAUUCAGCAAAAACUUGCCAAAAAGGAUGGUUCCCGUAUAGAUCGCAAUCGGGAUAUUGAACACCUGUGGGAGUUUUACCAGCACUACAAGAGACGGCAUAGAGUGGAUGAUAUCCAAAGAGAGGAACAAAAGUCGCGGGAAUCUGGAAUUUUUUCCACUGCUAAUCUCGGAGAGUUUGAGCUAAGAUCACUAGAGAUGAAAAAGGUAUUUGCUACCUUAAGGGCCUUAGUAGAGGUCAUGGAAGUACUCAGUAAAGAUGCAGAUCCUCAUGGGGUUGGCAGACAGAUCAUGGAGGAGCUACGAAGAAUUAAAAGGGCUGGGGAACUCGCAUCAUAUAAUAUUGUCCCUUUGGAAGCACCUUCAUUAACAAAUGCUAUUGGAGUUUUUCCUGAAAUUAGAGGUGCAAUAUCAGCCAUUAGAUAUGCUGAGCAUUACCCCAGACUUCCUGCUGAUUUUGAGAUUCCUGGAGAACGUGAAGUAGAUGUGUUUGAUCUUCUUGAAUAUGUGUUUGGUUUUCAGAAUGAUAACAUAAGGAAUCAGCGUGAAAAUGUUAUUCUUACAAUAGCAAAUGCGCAGUCUCGACUUGGCAUACCCAUUCAGGCAGAUCCGAAAAUUGAUGAGAAAGCCAUCAAUGAUGUUUUCUUGAAGGCGUUGGAUAACUACAUCAAAUGGUGCAAAUACUUGCGGAUACGCCUUGCUUGGAAUAGUAUUGAAGCAAUUAAUAGGGACAGGAAGCUUUUUCUGGUAUCACUAUAUUUUCUUGUAUGGGGUGAAGCUGCAAAUGUUCGUUUUCUCCCAGAGUGCAUUUGCUACAUAUUUCAUCAUAUGGCCAAAGAGUUGGAUGCAAUAUUGGAUCACGGCGAAGCUAAUCGUGCUGCCAGCUGUAUAACGGAAAGUGGUUCUGUGUCUUUCCUUGAGCAAAUCAUUUGUCCUAUAUACGAGACAAUGGCAGAGACUUUUGAGGCUGAUCGGAAUCAAACGUUAACUCAGACAAGUGAGGUGGUUCUAGAGGCUGCGAGGAAUAAUAAUGGAAAAGCUGCACAUUCAGCAUGGAGGAAUUAUGAUGACUUCAAUGAAUAUUUUUGGUCCCCUGCUUGCUUCGAGUUGAGCUGGCCGAUGAGAAAAAAUUCCUCAUUCUUGUUGAAACCUAAGAAGUCAAAAAGGACUGGUAAAAGCACUUUUGUUGAGCAUCGCUCAUUUCUUCACUUGUAUCGAAGUUUCCAUCGGCUCUGGAUCUUUUUGGCUCUGAUGUUCCAGGCUUUGACGAUUAUAGCCUUUAACCAUGGACAUAUCAAUUUAGAUACCUUUAAAGAAAUGCUAAGCAUUGGGCCCUCAUUUGUCAUGAUGAACUUCAUAGAGAGUUGUUUAGAUGUGCUGCUUAUGUUUGGGGCCUACUCCACUGCAAGAGGCAUGGCUAUCUCAAGACUGGUUAUUAGGAAGGUUCUGAAGGAAAAGAAUCAACAGAACUCGGAUUCGUUCUAUUUCCGAAUAUAUAUACUUGUGUUGGGUGUUUAUGCGGCUUUGCGCUUAUUCCUUGAUCUUUUGCUCAAGUUUCCUGCUUGUCAUAAGCUGUCUGAUAUGUCUGAUCAAUCAUUCUUCCAAUUUUUCAAGUGGAUUUAUCAGGAAAGAUACUAUGUUGGUCGUGGUCUUUUUGAGAAGAUGAGUGAUUACUGCAGUUCAUAUAUGCUUGCCAGCUUCUGUGUUUAUGGAGACUUGGUUCCAAUUAGACCCCUUGUUAAACCAACCAAUACGAUCAGGGAUCUUCCAUCUUUGCCCUACUCAUGGCAUGAUUUGAUCUCAAAGAAUAAUAACAAUGCCUUGACCAUAGCUAGCCUAUGGGCUCCUGUUGUGGCGAUCUAUCUCAUGGACAUUCACAUAUGGUACACUAUCUUAUCGGCAAUUGUUGGAGGUGUGAUGGGUGCCCGAGCUCGUUUAGGCGAGAUACGUAGUAUUGAAAUGGUGCAUAAACGUUUUGAGAGCUUCCCAGAGGCCUUUGUCAAGAAUCUUGUCUCUCCACAUGCACAAAGGAUGCCAUUCAACAGACAAGCAUCUCAAGAAUCACAGGAUACAAACAAAGCAUAUGCAGCAAUGUUUGCUCCUUUCUGGAAUGAGAUAAUCAAGAGUUUGCGUGAGGAAGAUUAUAUCAGCAAUAGGGAAAUGGACUUGCUUUCUGUUCCAAGCAACACAGGAAGUCUAAGAUUAGUUCAAUGGCCGCUGUUUCUUCUUAGCAGCAAGAUUUUAUUGGCAGUGGAUUUGGCUUUGGACUGCAAAGAUACACAAGCUGAUCUUUGGAAUAGAAUAUGUAAGGACGAAUACAUGGCAUAUGCAGUUCAGGAAUGCUACUACAGUGUUGAAAAAAUUUUGCAUUCCCUGGUUGAUGGUGAAGGAAGACUCUGGGUUGAAAGGAUCUUUCGUGAGAUCAACAACAGUAUAUCAGAGGGAUCACUUGUCAUAACUUUAUCACUUGGGAAGCUUCCUCACGUGCUGUCAAGAUUUAUUGCCCUCUUUGGACUUCUGCUCAUAGCAGUUAUAAGAAUGAUUCACUUGUCUCAGAUACGAAAUGAAACUCCUGAACUUGCCAAGGGUGCUGCGAAGGCUGUAUAUGAUGUGUAUGAAGCUGUUACCCAUGAUCUGCUGUCAUCUGAUUUAAGAGAGCAACUUGAUACAUGGAACAUUUUAGCUAGAGCAAGAAAUGAAAGGCGCUUGUUCUCCAGGAUAGAGUGGCCAAAGGAUCCAGAAAUUUUUCUCUCUCUCUCUCUCUCUCUCUCGUCACAGAAGGAGCAGGUGAAAAGGUUGCACCUUCUUCUCACUGUAAAAGACUCUGCAGCCAAUGUUCCAAAGAAUCUUGAAGCGAGAAGAAGAUUAGAGUUUUUCACAAAUUCACUAUUCAUGGAUAUGCCUUCGGCAAAGCCAGUUUGUGAAAUGACUCCAUUUAGUGUCUUCACUCCGUACUACAGUGAGACUGUACUUUAUAGUUCCUCUGAGCUGCGGGUUGAAAAUGAGGAUGGAAUAUCCAUUCUUUUCUAUCUUCAGAAAAUUUUUCCAGAUGAAUGGGAGAAUUUCUUGGAGCGGAUUGGUAGAGGACAGUCUACUGGGGAUGCAGAUCUUCAAGAAAGUUCUAGUGAUUCCUUGGAGCUUAGGUUUUGGGUAUCUUAUCGUGGCCAGACUCUAGCUCGCACUGUACGUGGUAUGAUGUAUUAUAGGAGAGCUCUGAUGCUGCAGAGUUAUCUAGAAAGGAGGUCACUAGGAGUGGACGAUUCUUCUCAGACAAACUUUUCUACAGCACAAGGAUUUGAGUUGUCACAUGAAGCACGGGCUCAAGCAGAUUUGAAGUUCACUUAUGUGGUCUCCUGCCAGAUUUACGGGCAACAAAAGCAGCGAAAGGCUCCAGAGGCUGCUGAUAUCUCUCUUUUAUUGCAGCGGAAUGAGGCACUUCGAGUUGCUUUCAUACAUGUGGAGGAGAGUGGCAGUGCUGCUGGAAAGGUUUCCCAUGAAUUUUAUUCGAAGCUUGUGAAAGCUGAUAUACAUGGAAAAGAUCAGGAAAUAUAUUCAAUCAAACUUCCUGGAGAUCCAAAGCUUGGAGAAGGGAAGCCUGAGAACCAGAACCAUGCUAUAGUUUUCACUCGAGGAGAAGCCAUUCAAACUAUUGACAUGAAUCAGUUCCUUUAUGGUGUUUUGCUGCAUUUUGGAACAAACAAUAAAACCCUAGUAUGGAAGCUUUCAUUGGCUUUCAUGGUUGAUGUUGGUUGGAGAAUUGAAAUACUGUAUGGAUUUUACAGCAUCGUAGCAGAUGCUUGUUUCAUGCAAGGUAUCCUUGCAAAUGGUGUAGUACAAGACAACUAUCUUGAAGAGGCAAUGAAAAUGAGAAAUCUUCUUGAGGAAUUUCGAGCAAAUCAUGGCAUUCGACCUCCCACCAUCCUUGGUGUAAGGGAACAUGUUUUUACAGGAAGUGUCUCAUCUUUAGCCUGGUUCAUGUCCAAUCAAGAAACAAGCUUUGUAACAUUGGGCCAACGUGUGUUAGCAAAUCCACUCAAGGUCCGCAUGCACUAUGGUCAUCCAGAUGUUUUUGACCGUAUAUUUCAUAUAACUCGAGGUGGCAUCAGUAAGGCAUCACGUGUAAUUAAUAUCAGUGAAGAUAUAUAUGCAGGUUUUAACUCCACAUUGAGGCAAGGAAAUAUUACUCACCACGAAUACAUUCAGGUUGGGAAAGGAAGAGACGUUGGGUUAAACCAGAUUGCACUUUUUGAAGGGAAAGUGGCAGGAGGAAAUGGCGAGCAAGUUCUAAGCAGGGAUGUGUACAGGCUCGGGCAACUUUUUGAUUUCUUUAGAAUGCUUUCUUUCUACUUUACAACUGUUGGUUACUAUGUGUGCACUAUGAUGACAGUCCUCACGGUAUAUGUAUUCUUGUAUGGAAGGGUAUACCUGGCUCUCUCUGGACUAGAUAAUGCUAUAGCAGUUAGAGCAAAGAAGUUAGGAAAUACAGCUUUGGAUGCUGCUCUCAAUGCACAAUUCUUGGUCCAGAUUGGAGUUUUUACAGCAGUCCCCAUGAUAAUGGGUUUUAUACUUGAAUUGGGAUUGCUGCAGGCUGUUUUCAGCUUUAUUACAAUGCAACUUCAGUUGUGUUCGGUCUUCUUCACGUUUUCAUUGGGCACCAAAACUCAUUAUUUUGGACGCACUGUCCUCCAUGGAGGUGCAAAAUACAGAGCAACUGGUCGAGGCUUUGUGGUACGCCACAUCAAGUUUGCUGAAAAUUACAGGCUUUACUCAAGAAGUCAUUUUGUUAAAGCGCUCGAAGUUGCCCUGCUUCUCAUAGUGUAUAUAGCCUAUGGGUACACCGAUGGAGGCGCUGUUUCUUUUGUUUUGUUGACACUUAGCAGUUGGUUUCUUGUCAUCUCAUGGCUAUUUGCUCCUUACAUAUUUAAUCCCUCUGGUUUUGAGUGGCAAAAGACGGUUGAGGAUUUUGAUGAUUGGACUAGCUGGCUUUUAUAUAAAGGUGGAGUUGGGGUGAAGGGAGAUAAUAGCUGGGAAUCAUGGUGGGAAGAAGAACAGGUUUAUGGCUUCUCUUGGGUUGUAUUGGUUGGCCUUGUCAUGAUAUUUCAGCCCAAAAAAUCCACCCACUUCAAGCUAUUGAUGCGAUUCCUGCAAGGAGUUGCAUCCAUAGGACUUGUUGCAGCACUUUGCCUUGUUGUUGCCUUCACUGAUUUGUCAAUUCCUGACCUUUUUGCGAGCAUUCUGGCAUUUAUUGCCACUGGAUGGCUUAUCCUAUCUCUUGCUAUCACAUGGAAAAAAGUAGCUAGGAGUUUAGGCUUGUGGGAUUCAGUGCGUGAGUUUGCCAGGAUGUACGAUGCUGGGAUGGGCAUGAUUAUUUUUGCUCCAAUUGCUUUUUUAUCAUGGUUUCCAUUCAUUUCUACCUUCCAGUCUCGCCUGCUCUUCAACCAAGCAUUCAGCCGUGGCCUGGAGAUCUCUCUUAUCCUUGCUGGAAACAAAGCUAACGUUGAGAUCUGA